AUGAAGGUGAGCGUGGAUUCGGGUUCUGGGUGUUUCGGGGACGAAAAAUAUUUUCCUCCGGGUUUCCGAUUUCAUCCCACCGAUGAAGAGCUCGUGCUUUACUAUCUCAAGAAGAAGAUCUGUAAAAAGAAGCACCGUCUUGAUGUCAUCGGAGAAAUCGAUGUUUAUAAGUGGGAUCCAGAAGAGUUGCCUGGGUUAUCUAAAUUGAAAACUGGCGACAAGCAGUGGUUCUUCUUUAGCCAUAGAGAUAGGAAGCCAAAUGGAGGACGGUCAAAUAGGGGAACAAGGCAUGGAUACUGGAAGAUGACUGGGAAGGAUCGUUUCAUCACAUGCAGUUCUCGACCUGUUGGGGUGAAGAAGACCCUGGUCUUCUAUAAAGGUCGUGCACUGAGAGGAGAACGUACAGACUGGGUGAUGCAUGAAUAUACCAUGGAUGAGGAGGAGCUGAAGAGAUGCCAGGAUGCACAAGAUUACUAUGCUCUAUACAAGGUGUUUAAGAAGAGUGGGCCUGGUCCAAAAAAUGGUGAACAAUAUGGCGCUCCUUUUAGGGAAGAGGAAUGGGAUGAUGAUAAGCUAGAUGUCAAUGGCCUUAUUGACGAUGAGAACUCUGCAAAGAAAGAUUAUGAAACUGUGUCUUUUGAUAAUACCAUACGUGAUCUCGAGGAGUUCCUCAACCGAGAUGAUGACGACCCUGAAACUGUUCCCCCUCUUGCUCUUGAUAAUGGCUUUGUACUGGAACAGUUUGUGGGUGAUGACGAAACCCCGAGCACUUUGGUUGAUCAUGGUUUAAAGGACGUGACUUUACCUGAACUAAGCACAGUCCUCCAACCAUGCAGCCGACAAUCUAAUGUGCAAGCCAAUUUUGACCUGACACAGUUGGGCACAAUGCAGUUACAAGACUACGAGGCACUCAAGUCCACUUUAGCUCCAAAUGGCUUAGAGCUUCAUGUGUUUGAAGAGGAUUUCCUUGAAUUGGAUGAUCUAAUUGGUCAGGAACCAAACUCUCAAACUCUUGAUAAAGCAGCAGACAUCACGGAGGAACUUCAGUUUGAUGAAUUUGACGGGUUCAGUGAGCUUGACCUGUACCAAGAUGCAGCCACGUUCCUUCGAGAGACUGAAAAGGGGCAGAUUUCUCGACCAUAUAUGAAUAAUUUAGAUAAUGGAUUCAUAAACCCGAUUUCAAAUUCCUGUCUAAACAACAAUCUUGCGAAUAAAACUGUGAAUUGCCAGCUGGACGAGCCCCUUUUAAAUGAAACCAAUUGUCAGCUGUGGAUGUGUGAGCAAGGAUGCAGCAGUUUUCCUGUUAUAGAAGAAAAUCAGAGGGUUAUUCUUUCACCUACUUCAGGUGUGGUACAUUUUGGUAAUUCUGUCAAUCGUUCUACCAAAGUAAAUCAAAAUCAAAAUCAAAAUCGAAGCGAUGGACAGGAUGAUGGUACAGACUCGUGGUUCUCUUCUGCUAUCUGGGAUUUUGUGGAGUCUAUACCAACAACACCUGCUUCAGCUGCGGAAAGUGCUUUGGUAAAUAGGGCUUUUGAGCGAAUGUCUAGCUUCCGUAGGAUGAGAAUAAAUUCUAGAAACACGAUCGUUGCUGCAGCGGAAGUAUCAAAUAAAUGCAGCGGCUUCAUGUUAGUUAAUUUUGUUUCGUUUUAG